UGAUUCAGUUCCUCGGGAUCUGAACGGGUUAACGGUGGAGUAGACAGCCAGCGACUUGGGAUGCGACGUCAGAGCAAGCAAAAAGGCAAGAACAGACAGCGGGACGUCGGGACACACGUACAGUAGACACACAGACUGCCUUGGGGGAACGGGGAAAUAUUAAAAACACAAAUAAGAAAGAUAACGAUACCCGGGGUCGUUCUAAUGAAAUGUCGCCGCUCAGCCUGUCUCUGUGAGAUACAAUGCGCAUCAGCUGGCUCUUCUGAGGACCGGAGCCCUGGAAGCGUGAUGUUUUUACACAUUUGCUAAUCAGAUUUGUUUAUUGUUCUUGCAAGUGUGGAAGAUGGCAGCGAACAUGUACAGGGUAGGAGAUUAUGUUUACUUUGAGAACUCUUCCAGCAACCCGUAUUCAGUGAGACGAAUAGAGGAAUUGAAUAAGACUGCAAAUGGAAACGUGGAAGCCAAAGUGGUCUGUUUCUACAGGAGACGAGAUAUCCCCAGCAACCUCAUUGCGCUGGCUGACAAACACUCAAAGGAGCUGGAAGAGGAGAUUGAAGGGGAGAGUUUGCAGCAGCUGACUGAGAGACAGAUACAUCAGCUGAAGCACAGAGAGCUCUUCCUGUCCAGGCAGCUGGAGUCACUGCCAGCCACCCACAUACGCGGGAAAUGUUGCGUCACUCUGCUGAAUGAAACAGAAGCAUUAUUUUCCUACCUAGACAAAGAGGACGGGUUCUUCUACGGCCUGGUCUAUGAUCCACAACAGAAGACACUGUUGGCGGACAAGGGCGAGAUUCGAAUUGGGCCGCGAUUCCAAGCCGAUAUCACAGACCUCCUGAAAGAAGGUGAGACUGACGAUAGGGAUCAGACAGAACUGGAAACAAAGAUCUGGGAGCCGGAGAGUCCACUAACUGAUCAGCAGAUAGGCCAGUUCCUGGUUAUUGCACGUUCUGUUGGUACCUUUGCCCGUGCACUAGACUGCAGCAGCUCCAUCAGACAGCCCAGUCUGCACAUGAGCGCUGCGGCUGCAUCCAGAGACAUCACCCUGUUCCAUGCCAUGGACACGCUGCACCGGUGCAGCUAUGACAUGUCGUGCGCGAUCUCCGCUCUGGUGCCUCAGGGGGGGCCGGUGCUGUGCCGAGACGAGAUGGAGGAGUGGUCCGCUUCCGAGGCAAACCUCUUCGAAGAGGCGCUGGAGAAAUAUGGCAAGGACUUCGCUGACAUUCGACAGGACUUUCUACCAUGGAAAUGCUUACCCAGUAUUGUAGAAUAUUACUACAUGUGGAAGACCACUGACAGAUAUGUGCAACAGAAACGUUUAAAAGCGGCCGAAGCAGAAAGCAGGCUGAAGCAAGUUUACAUCCCAAACUAUAACAAGCCCAACCCGAACCAGAUUAGUGGGAACAGUGUGAAGCCCGGCAUGGUGAAUGGGUCUGGAUCACUGGGUCAGAACAGCUGUGCGGGCCGAGCCUGUGAAAGCUGUUACACUACCCAGUGCUCUCAGUGGUACUCCUGGGGUCCUCCCAGCAUGCAAUGCAGGCUGUGUUCCCCCUGUUGGAAUUACUGGAAGAAGUACGGUGGCCUGAAGAUGCCAACAAGACUGGAGGGUGAGAAGCUGGGGCCCAGUAGGAACAGCAUGAGCCCUUUUGGAUACUGGGUAAAGAACGCCAACCCCAAAUACACACUGAAGACCAAGCAAGCGUUCUACCUCCAGACUAGCACGCUGACAAGAGUCGCACGGCAGCUGUGCCUGGCCCACCUGCAGCCUCGCCGGGCAGCUCGGAGGCCCUUUGUGCCUGUCAACAGCGUGGAGAUCAAAGCACAGUGUUUGGAAACACUGCCUGAUGGAGCAAGAAAGUUAGUGAAAAUGAGGCCAAUGGUGAGGAAGCCCUUGGAAUCAAUCGUGCAGUACAUGGGGCUGCACCCCUAUGUAAAGCCAGAGCCAGUCAAGUCUGCCAUUAGCCUGGGCAGUGCCAGCGUGACAAGAGUGGUCCCGGUCAUCAAUCACGGCUCCACCACCAUCCUGGGCAAGCGCAGUUACGAGCAGCACAACGGAGCUGAAGGAAAUAUGAAGAAAAGGCUACUGAUGCCAUCUAGAGGUUUGCCAAACCACAGUCAAGUGCGACAACUGGCCAGGCUCAAUAAGAGUUACCUGCUGAAUGGAAAGCCCUACGAGAGACCCCAGCGUGUGAUGAAGCACGGCUCUCUACCACCUCUCAAGGGCCGGAGGAUGAACUGGAUCGACGCUCCCGACGACGUGUUCUUCAUGGCCACUGAGGACAUCAGAAAAGUCCGCAAACUCCUGGCUUCAUUUGAUAUCAAGAGAGCAGCCAGGCAGCCUUACAAACAAAUCAUCAAGCAGAUUGAAUCCGAGCUGGAUGUCCCGUCACAGCUUCGACACCUGGCCAAUGAGGAGCCCAUCGUCAUUGAAGACUAAACCCUUCCCCUUUCGCUCACAAGCUCAGUGGAUUUACAACAGAGCGACUAGUAGCACCAGUGCGCUAGACCUGCAAAAUACUGUAACGAUUCACCACCCCCUCCCCCCUGGCACUUUGAUAACAUUGAAUAAUUUUAACUCAAGACAACGGCAGGAAAUUGGAGAUCCAGCAUCUACAAAAACAGGAGUCCUGUUUUAUUUAUUUUUUUGUACAAAUGCAUUUUUUAAUUUUUAAUUUCUUUUUUAGGAACGGAACUUUGUCUGGCUGUGUGUUUUCACAGAAGGUGGUUUUUCUUGACCCUUCAUAGGUUUGUACUGUAGUGCGAAUUCGUGUUGUCGAAGGACGGGUUGCGUUGAAGUCAUUCCUGGCCUCCAGCAGACGGACGUCUCUCGUUCAUUGCGUGACAGGCUUGAGGGAAAAAAAAAAGCUGCUGCUGAAACUGCCUAAGUUCAAAGAUGGGGAAACGAAGAAUCAGUGUGUUUAAGAAUAAGUAGCUUCAAAUGUUAUUUUAAUGUUUGUUUUUUGUUUUACUCAUUCUAUCUUUAGUCUUUCUGAAUGAGUCUGGCAUCUGUUGCUCCAAUAUUGAGUUUUAACCAUUUUUCUAGAACUAUGCCUUUUACCUUGCCUGCAAAAAAAAAAAAAGAAAGUGCCAGGACCAAACAGCGUUCCUAUUUCCAUUCAAAAUAUGCGACUUUGUGACUUUUCAACUUACCCUGCCACCUGUUCCACAUAGAUGUAGACAGAGCGAAUAGGUGGUUUUGACAUUUGAAACUGUAGAUUGUAACAUGGUUUGAAUGGAAUAAGAAAGGCUGUCCAGUGCCUGGCAGACUCAAAACCAGUUACAGAACAACGGUAAGAGCCGAGUAUUUGAGCAGCGCAAUCCAGAAUCGCUCUAAUCGCUAGUGGAAUCAUUUAACCAUUCCAUGUAGAGCUUGCAUGUGAUCGUAAAUAUCUGUUUACAUUUUUAUAAAUUAUAUAUGAUAAUAGUGGGCAACUUUUUAAUUUAAUUAAAUUUUUAUUUCGAUUUCCCAAUUGUUUUGCCCACGAUUUUGUCCUGAAUUUGGAAUGUCCCUGCUGUUUUCGUUCUUUUCAAGCUUUGCUCUUGUUUAAUUUUCGUGCACAGUGGAGUGAAAAUCUUUGAGAACUUUAAUCCACAAGUUUCUUGUUAUCCAUAAGGUCCAAAACGUUCUUUUCUUUUGGUCCGGAUUUGAUCAGAAACGUAAAAUAUAAUUAACACGUGUUCUCUGACAUUCUCUUUUCGGCGUGCCAACAGAGAAGCAUUUUUUUCUUUGGAUUUUUUGAGGUUCAUUUCAAUUGCUCAUCGUGUGCCAAAGCAGGGGAAUGCAAUGCUGUCGAUUUUCAUCCAGUUCCAAAUGCUCUCGGACUAUCCACGCAUCCAGGAGCAUCCAAAAAAUAAUCCUAAACGUUAAAUUAUACCGCAUUCCUCUGAACAUCACUCUUAAUCACUAUCAGAUUGCAAAGUUGCUGUCAGUCACCCCCAGAGGGACAAUUGAAAUAUUAUUAUCUGUACCACCAAAUCUUUGUUCCAACCCUGUUCUAAAUAUUUUUUUAUUGAACCAAGGAAACCUCCAUCCAGACCCUGAAAUAGUUAAUAAUCUUGUUUUUUCCUAACGUGGAGUGGAAUGGCUCUCCAGGACCGUGAUUUGACCCCCCCUAGUGGAGCAUUUGGGACUAGACAAACCUGCAAUGCAAAUACAAUACGACACCAAGUGGCCAAUACAUGGGAACUACAAUAUAUAUAAUAGAUGAGCUUCAGUGAGUUACAGGAAAAUAAUUCCAUCUAGGGUUCCUGUGACGUCAUAAACUCAGAGAGCGAAGGCAGAGUUUCUAAACUGUCACAGAAUCCUGAGAUGGAAUUGUUUUCCUGUAACUCACUGAAGAGGCCCGUCUAUUAUUAUUUAUUUUUUUUUAUAAUACAAAGAGACAGUUGUGAUGCUGAUAUUAAAGAAGGCGAGGUUCAGCGGUACAGUUGGGUGUUUUUUUUAAGCCUCGUGUUUCAGGGCUGUACAGGCGUUCUGUCUCGUUAUCCCUUAGCUCUUCAGCUUUAUUUGAAUGGUUGCCUUUACCUUGUUUUAAUUUCCCGCUCCUCCGAGAUACAAAUGUACCAGCUUUACAUCUUAAUUUUUUUUUUUUUUAAUGUGUUCUCAUUGUGUUGAUCGUUAAUGAAUAUUUCUGUGCUGUGGGUGUUGCCGAAUGAUUGAAAAGGAGGCAUUUUGUUUUUUGAAUUGAAAGCGAUGGUCUCGGAGUCGAAUGGGUCACAGUUCAAGUAUAUUUUACUCUAG